UCAGCAGGUUUGCCGCUUUGAACUGUCGUAACAAAUGUGUAUGUUGUGUUAUUGUGUUUGGAGCAAAUUUGUUCAGUCGUUUAUUUUGAACUUGUACUGUUGGGUAAUAAUUCCGCACGAUUAGAUAACUAGAUGAAUUGCCUUUGGUAUAUUUAGUAAACAAUGUGAUGUGCACAGAGAGGGGAGGGUGAAUUGCAAAUCACUUUAGGAAAAUAAAUCAGGUUUUCAAUAAAACUUAUGGAAGACGGUUACAAAAAAAAAACCAAAAAACACAUUUAUCAGUGUUCUUGUUUAAUAAUAUGUAGUUUAGCGGCCUCUUAAUUCAUUAUUAAUUCGGUCUUGCUGAAUCAACUGUAUCGUUACGUUUUACAAAUUACAGUUCCGUAUUGCCAAGUUUGCAAUUAAUAUAACGAUAGCAGCAAUUGGCGUGCUUUUUUUUUUGGUGCAACUUCCGUUAAACACGUUGAAUAGUAAUACGGUGAUUAUAAUAUUUUAAUUAUCUAAUAAUAUGGCAAACAAGUGUUUGUACUCAAAUAAAAAUGCACUCAUUUCUGCACGUUCCUCUUGGGAGCUUUCAUCUACUGUCCAGCUCUGGGAUGUUUUGUGCUUGGUUACCGCGAACUGCCCUGCAGAGUUAUCAGAAAAAUGUGCAGGUGACUCAAAUAAGGAUGAGCUUGUGUUUCUGGAGCAGCCGCAGGACAAUGGAGCAGAUUACCCCUGUGUGCUUCAUUUCCAGUGUACCCCACAGGGAGGCAGGGAAAUAGCCUUUCUGCAGGUGGUAAGCGAGGCUCGCAUCAUAGAGGUAUAUUCAGACACAGAGUACUGUGGCACUUGUCGAGGAGACAAAGUCAGCAGUUUUCAGAUCAAUGGUGUUAAUGAAAAUAUUUCAUUGUAUAAGAAACGGGUACAUCUCGAGUGUCCUGUGACAUCUUGUGAAGUGAAGUUACUUUCCCUAGGUAGAAAAAACAGAGUGGGCAUUAAUAGUGUUUUAUUAGGAGUGAAACCUGUCAAAACGCUUGCAAGCUUUCCUUCAGGAGGAACGAGCAUUGACCUGGAGCGAGUUCAGACAAUGGUGGAGUCCAUGGGAACCAAGCUUUCCCCAGGGGCACAGCACCUCAUGGACAUGGUCCAGUUUCAGCAGAAGAACCAGCAAGAUAACCUGGGAGGCUUUCUGGGGCUUCUCAUGGGAAAUAGACAGUUUCCAGCUCUUGGAAAAGAAAAUGCUAGAUCCAGACCGACCCCUAACUUCAAUGAACAAACUGAAGAGGAUGAAUUAGCAGGGGGCAGCUUGGAUCACAACUCUGCUUCUAGCCUUGAAGCAGAAGUCACUGCGGGAAAAGUGCUGACUACUGAAAGUUUUCAAUGUCCUUUUGAAGUGGAGAACAAGGUCUCUCCUGCAAACCAAAUCACAGACAUGGUCUCCUCCUACCUGCAUAACCAAACGGAACAGAAGCAGAACACUACCGGUGUAGACAUGCUGCCGUUCCUUCAGAGUGUGUGCGGUCAGGUGAAACAGCUGCGCAUUGAGGAUGGAGCACAGAAGAGUGAAGCAGUGCAAAGGAGAAAGCCAAGUCCAGAAUUGCAAAAGGAACACAUGUGCUGCUCUUCAUUAGAGAAGGUGCUUGUGAAGCAGAUGGAGUUGAUGGAGAGCAGACUCAUGCACUGUAUAGACCAGCGUCUGAAUGCACUGGAGGACAGCCUGGAGAGAAAGGUCCAGUCCGCGCUGGACAUCAUUCGGAGGGCUGACGACCCCAAGACGGUCAAACAGGACUGUGGUUGCCAUGGAGCACUAGUAAAUGGAAAUGCAUAACCAAGACCAAUCAGACGAUGAGCAGAGUAAAUGAAAUGGGACGCUAUUCAAUCAAUUUACGGGCACAUCUAAAUACUGCUGAUAUUUUAAGUUGUUAAAUUAGAGCAUUUAAUAUAUUAAAAACAAAACACUAAAGAGCACUGUUACAGGAUGCCUCACCUUGGUACCUAGUGGGCCAUUUUAGACCUACCUUUAGUUUAGCUCAGUUGAACAGACCUGCUUGUGUGUGGUACUGAUUGAGUUUAAUAUUUGAGCUGCAUAGCCCCAGGCCAUGUAACAAAAUAGUAAAAACCCUCAUUGUUGUUCUAGCAUUUUAGAAAGGGAUGUUGUUUUUAAGUAACAGUGUAUGUUGCAGUUUGAGUACACUUUAUUUUUUCUAAAACUGUAUUAUACAAGAAACCACUAUCAGUUGACUAU